AUGUAUGAAAGGGCGUGGAAGGCUGUGUCGGAGAGUCCUGCUGUUUUCCCGCCGUUAUGGAAAGUGUUAGGCGUUGUUCUUUUGGCAUGGACGGUUUUGAACGUUAUUUGCUACAGCACGGUAGGGUGUCUUGUGGCUGGGUUCAAUCCAUGGGCAUUGAGGUUUUCCGGGAUACAUGUGAGGGGCAAGUUGAAGAUCAAGUCGAUACGGUACAACAUAUGGAAACAUCGCAUAGUGGUGGAUACAGCGGAGUGGACCGGGGAUUUGGAUUUGGACAGUGUGGGGAAGAAGAACGAAGAUACGAAAUCUAGAGGGGUAAGCGUUCCGAAAAAGUUGAUCAAGUGGCUUCCGUUUAUUGCGAAGAAGCUUGAUAGGCUCAAGAUCGUGCUUGAUGGCACGAAGGUGGGGGACGUUUACGUGAGUUUGGCUGUUAUUAAGUUGGUUUCGGACGGAUCGAAGAUAAGCUUGGAAAUGAACGUGCAGCGGGCAAUGAUCAAGCACAAGUGUGUGCUUGGAAGUGCUGGUUUUAAGGCCGACGCGCUGAUUGAUACGACGAGGCCAUUCCCCUUCAAGGAGAUUUUUAUCGACGUAGAAGCUCGCGAAACUUACGUUUCUGCACAGUCGGUGCUUCUAGCGAUGCACGAGCGCAAAUACGGAAAACUAGACAACAACGACCCAGUGGGAGCUAUAGAAAAACAUCAGGCAGACAAACAAGCGAAACAAACUUCUGAAACUGACUUUACGGAUAUUAACAAGUUUCUGGAAGUGCUCAAUGAGAAAGUUGAAAAGUUCUAUACAGUAUCAUCCUCAUUCGAAAAAAUCAGCUUGGUGCUGGAGUCCCCAUUGUUCUCAAAUAUCCCAUUAAAACCUAGUUUAUCUUUGAUUAAAAGCACGCAAGCUCUUCAAUUGCAAAUAUCAGCCACGAGUAUCGCGAUUUGUAUUUCAAGAAGUUCAUUUACCGAUCCAGGCACGAAGUUGUUGUUCGGUAGCGAGGAACGCCCACUUAAAUUUUCAACAUACGUAGUGGCUCUUAAGAUCAGUCUUCUCACCAAAAAGGGCAUUUUAAAGGAGCAGAGUUUACCUAGAACAGAGGAACUAAGAAUUUGCGAGAUCCCAAACAUAUCCUUGUAUGGGGACACAAAUCUCUUUUGCCAAGAUUGUAUCGUUCGGGAAGAUACCAAGUUGUUCUCUAACACUGUCCUUAAACUAGUCGGCCAUGUUACAUCUCCAGUGCUAGAUCUUGAUAUUCAAACGCUCUCAUUGCUAGUGUCAGUGCAAAGGAAUCUAAAAGUACUUUCAGAACUGUUAUCUCAGGACCCGAUUGAAAAACCGCUAGAUUUAAAGGAAAUAUAUCAAGAGAUCGCCAAAAGAGGGCAAUUUAUCGAAUACUUCCAAAACUACCUCCCUCAUACGGAAUUAAAGAUUAACAUUGACGACCCCGUAUAUAUUAUAUCAAAUGGAGUAGACUCAUUGGUUCAAAAACUCUCUGCAAUAAAGAUAACAGUUCAAUCAAACCGUGUUUAUCAACAGGCAGAGAAAAAGCUCUUUUAUUCAUUAGACACCCAAAUGGAUUUAAUAGAAUGGACUGGACAUCACCAGAACGAAGACCACUCCUUGAAGCAGGAUAUGUUUAGUUCAAGCAACAUCUGUCUCUCCUUUAGUACCAGGAUUUUACCAUCUCUUUUACUUUCUGCCUCUCUACAAUUCGACAACUUUCAUAUGGACCUAACAAAUUUGAAAACUCUAGUAGUUAUCAAUGAUACAAUGCGCCAGCGGAACAUGAAAUUAAGUUAUGUGGAGGACACAUAUUUCAAGGAGAUAUUCCAGAACUUAGAGUCCAGAUUGAUGGCUAGAAUUGAACACUUCAAGAAACAUACCUCAAAUGGCGAAUCAGUGAACGUCAAUGAUCUUAUUUUCGAGGAUUUACCACCAUUUUUUGAAAGCAUUACGGUGCAAAUUAAGAAUUUAGUUGCAAUUGUAGGCUCAAGAUCUGUAUUUAUCGAGAGAAAUGAUUAUAUGAACCCAAACUUUGAAACAGCACAUGAUUUUGUUUCAGGUGAGAUGAGAAAAAUAUCGUACUCUUUGGCAGAUAUGAAAGCAAUUUUUGCGAGAGUCAAUGACUCUAUGAAUACCGACUCCAAUUCUUCAUCUAUGCUGGAAAAACUCGACACAUUUGCAUCAGAUGACAAAGGCCUAGGAAGAGCUGUCAACGAAGAAAAAGGCAGAGAUUCUGGCCCAUGGUCUUUAGAUUUCAGUAUAUCAGAUCUGAGCGUAGAAUUAUUCUCAGAAACUUUACGCGACAGCCUCAAAUUAAUCCCCAAACCCGUACUCAAAUUACCAACGUUUAAGUUUUAUGUUUACCCAGAUCAAGAACUCAAACGUAUCAAGGCUGCAAUAGAUAUAUCAAGUGUCGAUUUACUCUUUUCUUUGAUGACCGUUUUCCUCUUCUUCUCAUCUAUAUACAACUUAAAGAUGGUUUUUGGAAAUGAUGUAUAUCCAUCGGCUUCUGAAUGUAUUGUAUCGAAACACAUGGACACACUCAAAGAACUGAAGAAGAGAAGACUAGUGUCUUUUAGUAAAGCGGAUUUGGUUAAAAUGCUAGACUUUAACUUUAAUUUAGCAAAAUCUAGUACUAUCAUACUUUUACCCAAUGGCUUGCGCACCAAACUUGAGUUAAUUGAUACGUCUGUAAUUUUCACUGAUGGUUGUAUCAUCAGUGCGUCAGGACAUUACACUAGGUUGAUGGUAGAAUCACCUAUCUUAAAAAACACUUGGAUGAGAAUGAUAACCAUAGUAAAUUACAAGAUAGAUUCCGAUCUUUCUUUAAUUAAGGACAAAUCCGAAAAUGUGGGAAUUACGCUCUCGAACGAAUCAUGGCAAUGGACUAUACCGCACAAAUUUGAAAUGUAUAAAUUAUUUGACAAUAUCAGCACAGUUUACAAGAGUAUCAAACAAAUGAACUAUUCAUUGAAGACAGAAUCCAACAAAUCUGUUAUAUAUCCUAAGAUCACUCACCCUUCAGCCAUUCCAAAGAUCAAACUUAAAUCUUCAAGAUGGAUAUUUAGUGUUGAAGAUGAUCCAUUCGAAUCCGAAUUAAACAUAAUAUUACAAUUAGGAUUAAGGGAACAGAAAGAAAGAUUGGAGAAAUACGACAUAUUCCGUAAGAGAGUUGAGAAUGAAUUUAGGAAAAAAGAUGCUAAAGUUUUGCGGAAAGCUAGUACGUUUAUGAGUGACACAAAAUCAAACGGCAAUAAAAUAUUCAAAUCACGGUCAAACUCCUCUUUCCACCUUCUUGGUCUAGAACCCGCCGAUCUGCAAAGAGCAGAUGGGCUAGCAGAUAGGCUAAAGGAAGAAUAUGACACAUUGGCUAGGAAUAUCUCAAAAUCAUGGAUUGUUAGAGUGAAAAAGCAUAAGAAUAUAAUAAAAGACCAUUUUACAGAGAACUUUGAGUUCUUAUGGGGUACUGUUGAUGUCACAAAACUUCCAAAGAAUUUUAAUAGCAAUGUUCUCGAAUUUACUUCUAAUCCCUCUCUAAUGAAUUUAAUUCUAGAAGGUAUAGAUAUCGAGUUAAGUGAACCGUCUUUUGGAAUAAACAAUAUUCCAGAUUUUAUUCAUGAUGUAGGAAAGGGAGUUCCAAAGGAUACGGAAUAUUCUAUUAUGAUCCCUCUUAAGUUGGAUGCUAAAUUUACAGAAAUUCGCUGUCACUUGAAAGAUUACCCACUUCCUGCCUUAUACUUCCCAAAAAAUACUGCAAACCCUGUUCAGCCUUCGACUAACCUUAUUUGCGAUCUAUUGAUAACUGAAGACAUGAUUCACUCAGAGAAAGAGUUGAGAACGAUAUAUGUUCCUCUAGUACCUUCAGCUCAUCUUGAAGACUCCACAUCUUUGUACGCUCUUCUUGUUCCAAGAACCAUAACUUCUAUUAAAGUGUUCACAGACCUGAAACUUGAAAACACAUCCACAGAGAACACAAGGAUUGUUUGGGGCAGUUCCUAUGGAGGAGCAAUUCAGCAAACAAUGGACUGUUUCGAUAAUUUCUCAAAACCUCCAAUUGAUCCUUCUCCCGCUGUUGGUUUCUGGGAUAAAAUUAGAAACAUGUUCCACGCCAGACUUCAUGUCAGCAUUCCAAAUUCAGCAUUUGAAGUUGCUUUGAAAGGUGACAAAAAUCCACAUAAAAUUGGUGGAAUGUCUGCAGGUUAUGCGCUCAUAUUUAAGGAUAACGUGAACAUCUGCUUUAACAAAGAUGAUAAUCCAAAGAAGUUUGUUACUAUCAAUGCAUCAGAGCUUUCAUUUUCAGUGCCAAACUUUUUUGCGAAACCAAUACCAGCAUGGAAUAUGCCUUCAGAGAAAGCUCUUUUUUUCCCUGUAGAAGAAUUUUCAAAUCUUCAAGCAAAUGCUUCCUUUUACUACUUGUUGGACUCUGCUAGGAUGCCAAAGAGUGAUAAAAUGUUACAUAUAAUGAGGAAAGCAUAUAUUGAGAAAACAGCUAUCAAACUAACAGGCGGUAUGGAAUUCAACGUAGGGAUAAUGUUCGAAAGGUAUAGUGAUAGAAUAAAAAAGAGAACCUUCGACCUCAAACCUCACUAUGACUUCAGGCUCUGUAAUCCUAUCUACGUGGAUCAACCUUCGAAACACGACUCAUACGCUGGAUUCAGAAGUGAUUUCAUUCAUUUAUCAUUUGAAUUAAUCUCCAAGGGAGAAAAUGCCUACAACUGUAUGCAGCUGACACCUAAUGCUUUUAAGAUAUUUUUCAAAUGGUGGGGAUCAUUUUCUGGCAAUCUCCCUGUACGUAAGGGGCCUUUGUUUACUCAUCAAAGAAUAUCACCUAAGUUUGGUACACAUCUUUACACCAUUUCUUACCGAGCAGAUGUUUUUCCUUUAUUCAUAUGUCAUAUGGUUCCGAAUCUUGAUCCAAGGACACUGAUAGACCCAACUCUAAAGGUUGAAGUGUUUGGUUUAAAGGCAAAAAUGUCAGAAUUUUCUAUGGAUCUUCAUCAAAGAAAAGAGGUUUUCCAUGAAUAUAAGGAACAUCUCAAUGUUACAAAAAAGAUAACUAGUUUGAAAUUUCACUCUGCCGAUGUGACAACUACGGACAUAGACAUACGGACUGUAUUCGCGAAAUUUAUGAGACCUGAAUAUGCGAAAAAGAAUACUCCAAACCUUAACAUAUUCGACAAUGACCAAUCAUGGUUCGACAUAUAUGACUAUUCCGAAUUUAAUUAUGCUAAUUUCGAAACGUCAGUUCCAUCGGUUGUGAUGAGUCCUCUUCUGUUUUCUCCCAUGUUUGCAUACAAAAAGCAUGCUCCAUAUGGUAACAAGUAUCAGGUAGAUGUAGAAACCUUUGAGCCUAUUGAACCAUUUGAUAAUUUCAACUACCACAAUUGUAAUCUGAAACGGUAUGUUGUAAUCCCAGAUAGGCUAGUGAAUGAGAGAAUUAAAAUAUUCGCAAAAGAGAAAAAUGAGUUGGACGCGGAGAUUAGAUUAAGUAGGCCGACUAACAGCAAACUGUUGGAACGCCUUAAGAUGGUAAACAGAACACUAGAACAACUAGAAUUGAUGAAAAGUGACAUCAAAUAUUUGAACAACGAAUACAACAGAGCUGAUUGUGAACACAGUAAAGCUGUUAUUGACAGAAGUGAAUUAAACCUUCCUAUAUGGAAACUCAUGAGAACCUCCCAAGAUUCGGAUAAAAGUUAUGCGAAUAAAUUCAUAGUGGUUAGUAUGCUCUUGAAAUGGAAUGAAGAAGUCAGAAAUGUGUUUUUGAAAUACAUCCAUAGAUUGACUCUUAUCUCAGAUAUGAACAAUGUUACCAAGUUAAAAACCUUACAAACUCUUGACAGUCUUAUUGAAAAGAACCGACUUUCAGUAUCUACAAUUCCUGAAGAAGCCGAAAUCAAUACAGAGAAGAAAGAGUCCGCCAAUGAAUACAUAUUUAAAAACAUUUUCCGUACGGACAAGGAUCCCGAACAAAUUCUAUUAUCGUUUCAAGACGACAUCAAGUUAUUAGGUGGGGAUUUUGACUAUUCAACGUUUGAGAAAUACCAUGUUCAGCUAAUUGCCCCUCAGAUCCAGUUAACCACUGCGACUGACCCUGAUGCAUGUGUUUUAGUCACAGCUCCAACGAUCAAAUUGAACUCUUUGUAUUUUGAUUCUAAUAUAACUGACAAUGAAUAUCAACAGAAUCUCUUCAUGAAUAGAGCAGGUAUUCAAUUAAUCCAAUCUAAUGUAUUCGUUUUCCAUAAAAUGAAUCAGGAGUCUUACAAUCAUCUCCUUUUUGACAAGUUUUUGUAUGGUUCAACCAAUGAAACUUCUUGGCGACCAUGGCUAGGAUUAGAGUUAUGUUUCAACCCGGAAAACUUAAAGGAUGAUAUGUUGAUAUCCAACUUUACUAGCGUGUUUACUUAUGACCAAGUUUUGCCGUUCGCAAAUAUUCCAGAUAAAUUAAAACAUUCCGAUGUUCUUAAAAAUAGGAUUAUUUGUGACUUACCAAGAAUUGUGAUUGAAUCGAACUCUGCACGCUACCUAUCAUUAUUCAAUUUGGUAACUAGCCUUCUUCUUUACGUCGAGCCAGAAAGCGCCAAAAUGAAAAAUGACAUCAAAAAGUUAAUAUUGAGCUUUGAAUUUGAGGAUGUGACAAAGGUCAAAGAGGCAAUUAUGGUUCUUGAGAAACAAAUAGACAUCCUUGAUGAAAUUGAAUAUGAGUAUUCAUUUAAAAAGUAUCUAUUAGACGAUGCAGAAAAAUCUGAUCUAAACACUAUUCGUCAUAAUAAAAUGGAUACUGCUAUUAAGAUGUUAUUAAUGAUGAAAGUGAUAACCUCUGCCUCUCCAGAGCAAGAGUCAAAUGAAGAGAUGUUAUAUAUCAUCAUAAAAGCAAAGGAGGUCAUUUUGCAUAUGCUAGAUGAUGAUCGACAUAACUUCCUUGAUGUUGCCGUGGCCGACGCAACUUUCCAAAGAAUGGAAACACCUUCGGGUUAUAACUUUAAUAAAUUAAACAUUGAAAUGGCUCAAGUAAUUAACUUGUCUCAUGAUGCGCUUUUCCACGAUCUUUUGAGCCCAGUUCAGAAGAAUGUAAACCGCGACCAAAAACCGUUGUUAGAGUUGAAAUGGGAAAAGGAUAAAGCUGUAGGAGGGAUUCAGGUGGUUAAGAAUGUAGUAACUAACUUGAGAGACCUUAAAAUUAAUGUUGAGGAAUCAACAGUAGAAAAAAUUAUUGCAUGGGUUUCGCCUUCAUCAGUGUCUACGCUAAUGGAUGGCAUCAACCAACAAGAGGUUGCAGAUGGUGACUUGGACGAAUCUGCUAGUAGCGGUUCCGCAUCAAGGCUGUCCGUCAAAUCAGUCAGACCAUCAAAUGUGAAGGCUCAAUCUAUCGAUAGGGUUCGUCGUGUAACACCAUCUGAGAUGGUUUCUCCAAUGGAAGAAGUAAUUGGAAAUGACGCUGAAAUGGAUGAAAUGAUUCAAAGAUCAAAGGAAAAUAUGAUAAUAGAGAACAUCACAAUAAAUCCCUUCUUAAUGGUCAUCAGUUACCAAGGUUCUGGUGUAUCAAGUCUAAUCAAUGUCACCGACUUUAACCUCUAUUUCCCUACCAUUAGGUUUGCAAAUGAAACCAUGACCGUUCUUGAUUUGAUGAUGCAUUUGAAAAAGGUUCUAAUUAAGUCAUUAUUAAGACACACAGGUAGCUUCAUCGGUAAUAAGCUUAAAAAGCAUGGAUCUGUAAAAAAAUUGAGGACUGCUGCACGUUCUCCUCUAAAGCAGUUGAACUAUUAUAAACAUUACACCACUGUUGAUGAAUUAAAGGAUACAUCAUCUUCAAGUACUGUACGUGAUGAUAAAGACAUUUAG